AUGGCGCCCACACGUUUUGAGUCCGAGGAUGUCGACCCCAGCCCUCUGGGUCAGCCCCUCAAGUUCGAAUUCAGCGGUCUGACGGCAAAGAAUCGAUUCAUGAAGGCGGCAAUGACAGAGCGCCUGUCGACUUGGGAUCCAAACGACCUCAAGAAGCGCGGCGUCCCAACACCAGAACUCAUCAACGUGUACCGACGUUGGGGCGAGGGCGGCUUCGGCGUAAUAUUGUCAGGCAACGUCAUGAUCGAGUAUGACCAUCUCGAGGCUCCGGGAAACCUGAUCAUUCCUAUCGACGAGGCCGCCGAAGGAAAGAGAUUUGAGGCAUACAAGGAGCUGGCUGCCGCUGCGAAGAAAGAGGGCAGCCUAUUCGUGGCCCAGUUGAGCCACCCUGGACGUCAAGUGUCCGAAGACGUUCAAAAGCACCCAAUCUCCGCGAGUGACGUACAGCUCGAGGGUGACGUUAUGGGCAUGCGUUUCGCCAAGCCUCGGCCGAUGGAGCAGAAGGAUAUCGAUCGUGUUAUCGAGGGCUUCGCCCACGCCGCAGAGUACUCCCACAAGGCUGGUUUUGAUGGUGUUCAGUUGCAUGGUGCUCAUGGCUACCUUCUCGCACAGUUCCUUGCGCCGUCAACAAACAAGCGUACGGACCAGUACGGAGGCUCGCUUCUCAAUCGUGGGAGAAUCAUCAUGGAGAUUGCAGACGCAAUCAAGGCCCGCGUGAACGAUCCUUCCUUCAGCUUGGGCAUUAAGAUUAACAGCGUUGAGUUCCAGAAGGGCGGUUUCAGCCCCGAGGACUGUGCUUCGCUAUGCGAGGAGCUUGAGAAGCACGGCUUCGACUACGUUGAGCUCUCUGGUGGAACAUACGAGAACCUGGCGUUUAAGCACAAGAGGGAGUCCACCAAGAAGCGAGAGGCAUUCUUCCUCGAGUUCGCCGAUACCAUUGUUCCAAGGCUCAAGAAGACGAAAGCAUACGUCGUGGGCGGCCUGAGAUCCACAGGCGCCAUGGUGAAGGCCUUGGACUCCGUCCAUGGAGUGUCGCUGGCAAGGCCCAUUGCCCAUGAGUUCGACUUGCCCAAGAAGAUUCUAGAAGGCAAGGCCAAGAGUGCGAUUCAAUACAAGUUGGACGAGCAGGACUUUGGUGCUACAAAUGUGGCCGCUGGCACACAGAUUCGACUUGUCGGGCAAGACAAGGAGCCCCUCGACAUGAGCCAGGAAAAACACAAAGAUGCUUUCCUGGAGUCCAUGCAGAAAUGGUCCGAGGGAAUGGCAAACAACAAGGAUGGCUCAAAGUUCGGAUAUGUCGACAUUGAGGGUAUGCAACUUCAACCGUUUGGAGCCGCCUACGCUGCUUGA